AUGUCGGCCACCUCCACCUCUCUCCAAUCGUUCGCCAAUUCCUACUCUCCUUUCUCGUCCCGAUCGCAACCCACUCGAAUGGCCCAAUCUCAAACCCCCGGAUUGGAUACCCUCGCAGAAGGCUCCCAGUAUGCGCUCGAGCAACUUCAGUUGGCGCGGCAAGCCAGCGCGUCCAAUCCUCCGACUGAUCCCGAUGUCAAGCCGCUUAGCGAAACCGAGGCUCUAGAGCCCCAGCCCUAUCGCGAACAGAAUGGCACACAUCACGGAGGCAGAGCCUCCUCCCAGCCGCUUGAUCCCCUUGUAGAUGCUCGGUCGGCCAUUCGCAAGAACUCAACCGCCACUGCGGUGCGCCGGAGGAUUAGCCGGGCCUGCGAUCAAUGCAACCAGUUGCGUACCAAAUGCGACGGGCAGCAACCCUGCGCGCAUUGCAUCGAAUUUGGGCUCAGCUGUGAGUAUGCGCGAGAGCGGAAAAAACGCGGGAAAGCCUCAAAAAAGGAUCUUGCCGCAGCCGCAGCGGUCGCCACUUCGAAUGGUGACAACGCGCAUCCAGAUGGCGGGUCUGCACAUGGCAACUCCCCAAAUGGCCAGGCCUCACACGAGGUCAACGUGCCUUACGACCCGGCCUUCGACGCCGCUCGCGCUGUACCGGAUUCCGCACAACAACCUCUGCGCAACCAUAGCGUUCCGGGGAUAUCGAGAAUGCAGCCAAACGCCCACUCUUCCUCAAGCCAUCCCCAACAAUCCGUAGGAUCUGGCAUUGAUAGCAUGUCGCUGAACUAUGGGAAUGUACCUGAUUCGAACCGACCGUCCAUGUCUGUGCCUGACCUGCGCUCUCUGCAAAUGAUGCAACAAAAUGGAAAUCCUCGGUCGCCCGGUGCAAUGCUCCAUUCUCAAGGAUUUGGAUCAGGGUAUCAUGACGGAGCAUACUCGUUAAUGAACUCGCACGAAGCAAACGCGACCUCAAUCGGCCAGUUCCGACUCGCCGGCUCCGAACAAAAUCCGUCAGCAUCCUUCAUGGGAUUCUCCCCACCAGCACAGUCACCCAGCUGGCUUCCUCUUCCAUCGCCAUCCCCUGCAAACUUCCCGUCCUUUAGCAUGGCUCCAUUCGCCAGUUCAUUAAGAUACCCCGUCUUGCAACCAGUUCUCCCUCACAUCGCCUCUAUCAUCCCUCAGUCCCUCGCCUGCGAUCUUCUCGACGUCUAUUUUACUAGUUCCUCUUCUUCACAUCUGUCGCCGUUGUCGCCCUAUGUUGUUGGGUUUGUGUUCCGCAAGCAAUCAUUCCUCCAUCCAACGAAGCCUAGAGUAUGCAGCCCUGGGCUCCUAGCCAGUAUGCUCUGGGUAGCGGCUCAGACAAGCGAAGCGGCAUUCUUGACCUCGCCUCCGUCGGCACGAGGACGUGUUUGUCAGAAGCUACUGGAACUCACUAUCGGUCUGUUGCGACCUCUCAUUCAUGGUCCCGCGACGGGAGAAGCCUCGCCGAACUAUGCGGCGAACAUGGUCAUCAACGGCGUCGCUCUGGGCGGGUUUGGCGUUUCAAUGGAUCAACUAGGCGCACAGAGCAGCGCGACCGGUGCCGUCGAUGAUGUCGCAACUUACGUUCAUCUGGCUACAGUAGUAUCGGCAAGCGAAUACAAAGCGGCCAGUAUGCGAUGGUGGACCGCGGCAUGGUCGCUCGCACGCGAGCUCAAAUUGGGUCGUGAACUACCACCUAAUGCUAACACGCGUCAAGACGGUGAGAUGGAGGGUGAAUCUGAAUUGGACAUGAAUGGGAACAAGAGGCAACCAUCAUCACUCCUAAAUUCGAUGGGACAUGGAACUGGAAGCUCGUCGGUUAAUCUCACUGAAGAAGAACGUGAAGAGCGUCGCCGCAUUUGGUGGCUUCUUUAUGUGAUGGAUCGCCAUCUAGCCCUUUGCUACAACCGUCCCUUGACCUUGUUGGACAAGGAAUGUGAGGGUCUGCUGCAGCCGAUGAACGACGAUCUCUGGCAAGCGGGCGAUUUCUCUGCCUACCGGCGCGCAGGCCCUGCCUUUGAAUGCACUAGCCACAGCACCUUUGGUUAUUUCCUACCGCUUAUGUCUAUCCUCGGGGAAAUUGUGGAUCUGCAGCAUGCUCGAAAUCAUCCUCGUUUCGGGCUUCAUUUCCGGAACAGCGGUGAAUGGGAAAGUCAGGCCAUGGAGAUUGCCCGACAAUUGGAUGUUUAUGCCCAAAGCCUCAAGGAGUUCGAGGCACGUUAUACCAGUUCGAUGGCUUUGGGUCCUGAUAACGAUACCGCCAUGGAAGGCGCACAUAUCAACCAUGUCAGCCCAUCUGGUCGAUCCAAUAGCAGCACGGUCGGCUCGCAUGUCAGCGAGUCAAUUGUCCAUACAAGAAUGGUUGUCGCAUAUGGCACCCACAUUAUGCACGUCCUUCACAUUCUGCUGGCUGGCAAGUGGGACCCCAUAAAUCUGUUGGAUGAUAAUGAUCUCUGGAUUUCAUCUGAUUCCUUCAUUACGGCCAUGGGUCAUGCUGUCAGCGCUGCUGAAGCAGCAUCGGACAUACUCGAGUAUGAUCCAGACCUAAGUUUCAUGCCAUUCUUCUUUGGUAUCUACCUGUUGCAGGGUAGCUUCCUCCUACUCUUGACCGCGGACAAAUUGCAGGGCGAUGCUAGUCCGAGCGUUGUCAGAGCCUGUGAGACGAUCGUGCGGGCACAUGAGGCGUGUGUCGUGACUUUGAACACAGAAUAUCAGAGAACUUUCCGAAAGGUGAUGCGCUCAGCCCUCGCUCAGGUUCGAGGCCGAGUCCCCGAAGACUUUGGUGAGCAGCAACAACGCAGACGUGAGGUCCUUGCCCUAUACCGCUGGAGCGGAGAUGGCAGCGGUCUCGCUCUUUAA